UCGCUUUAUCUACUUUGACAUCUUUUUAUCAAUAUCCAACCAAACCCUUACCUAGUUUAGAUGUUAUCCCCUUUAAUCAAAUAUCUACUAAUAAAUUAGAUCAUUUUAAAUUACAAUUCACUAAUGCUAACGCUCUUCAAUUUUAUACAGAUGGUUCUCUUACAUUUUUAGGAUCUCCUGACUGCCAGAUGGGAAUAGCGUGGUUACAAACUAAUCAAAAUUGGCCUCUGCUCUCCUUUAAUGCAACAUUUGUUUCACACUCUCCUUCUUUAACAUUAGUUGAAAUAGUUGCUAUACUUGCUGCAACAUACACCGCUCCACCCAAUUCCAAUAUUGAAAUCUGCACAGAUUCACAAGCUGCAAUUGCCUCGUAUUACAAAAUCAUCACCAUAUGUGAGGAAUCUUCCUCUCUGAACCCUGCUUUCAAAAUUCCUUAUUUUCAUAUUUGGAUGAUCUUGAUGCAACUUAUUACAUCCAACAAUAUUGUGUUGUCGCUAACAAAAGUCAAAGCUCAUGGAUCAGACAAACUUAACAAUAAAGUAGAUGCUUUAGCAAAACAACUCUCUGGUGCUCCUUUGAGCAUUAACAAUAACCAUCUUGGUCCUAAAUACUUUAUGAGCUAUAAUAAUAUACCAAUCAUUACACUGUCAUGUUUAUUUAUCAAAUACAUGCAACAAGCAUCUUGGGCUGGAAUACUUUUAUCCCUUCCACAAUUUGCAAAGUAUCACAAUUUUCACAUUGAUUGGCAAACUCUAUUUUACGUUCUUAAUGAUUCAGAAAAUGCUAGGUCUUUCCUGUCUCACCUCAAAGAAUUAAAUAGACCUAACAACGAUACUUUAAUUGAUGCUAUUGAUCAAUCCUCAAUAUGGUAUUGCAACUCUUUCAAUAACAACUUAUGUUUUAUGGAUCUCAUUAAAGGAAUCAUCCCUUCAUCAUUUUCCUCCUCAAUCACUUCCGUCACCAACAACAAACAACUCACCCAAG